AUGAAAGAAGCAGAUGAUGAAGAUAAGAACAGGGACAAAGGGAAACAAACUCACCAGGCAAUCUUGGAGCAGUAUGGAAAAUUCCUGAUGGGCACGCAGGUGCCGGGUGAAACUAUGUCACAAGGAACUCCAAUCAGUCAUGGACCAGUCCCAGUUGAUCCAGUAACAUCGGUUCAUAAUGACACAUACAUGAUAACUGAGCGGUAUGGGCGUUUGCAUGGACAAGAUGAGGGGGGCCAGCCAACAGGGAGGCAGCAAGCAGGAAAUGUAGAUGUGGGGGCAGAAGGUUUCCCUAGCUGGAGCUGGGAUGGCAACACAGCUGAAGGGCACCAAGGUUGCAGCUACCAACCUAGAUACAGAGAACAAGACAGCGAUGAUGGUGAUUUUGACUUUGAUGAAGGUGAGGAUGACUUGGAUGAUGAUUUGGAUGAUGAAGUUGCUGCUGGUUCAAGCCAUGGACCUAGUUUCCCUGAGGACAUGAGUCUUGAUGGUGGUUUGGGGGAUGAUUCAGCAGCUGCUGGCUCCAGCCAUGGUCCUAGUUUCACGGAUGGCAUGAGCUUCGAUGAUGUUUCAGACAAUGGUAAACAAAUAGACGCACAUGGAAAAAACAAGAAUGUCUGUGAUUGUGAUGAUCAACAGGAAGGCGAGCCAGUGCAACAAGAAAAUGUUGAACACCUAUCACAGGAGGACAUACUCAUGUUCAUAGAAAGUGACAGUAUUUGUGCGGCUCAGGCUCAGACUUGCAGCCAAGAAGUACGGAGCCACCAUGUGCCAUAUGUGGGCAUGGUCUUUGAUUCUUGUGAUGUUGCCCAUGCAUUCUACAAUGAGUAUGCAGCCAUUUGUGGUUUUGCAAUCAAGAAAGCAGGCAACUACCAUGCAACUAAACCUGGUGGCAAGACAGUGUCCCGUUACACUUACAGGUGCAACCGCUCGGGUGAAGUUGUUGGCGAGGAUGUGCUUGAAGAAAAGAAAAAACAGAGGCAGCUCAAGAAGCAAGAAAAAACAGGGAUUCUCCCGCCCGAGAAGGCAAAAAGGAAGAGGAAAAACUUCAUACAAAUAACCGGGUGCCAGGCUAAAAUGAUUGCAACACUAAAAGGAGACAAAUGGGUUGUCACGGUUGUUGACCUGGAGCACAACCACACCCUUAGCCCUCCAAACGAGAGCAAGUAUCUCAGAUCGCACAAGAAGAUGACAGAGGAAGAGAAGUUGUUUAUCAGGACAUUUAACUCUGUACAAAUGCCCACUAGGAAGAUUAUGGCCAUUCUUUCUUACCUGCGAGGGGGUGAUGCACCAUACACUAAGAAAUAUGUUAGCAAUGUGAGGACGGCAAUAAACAGAGAGAAUGGCAAGGGAGAUAUGCUGCAGGUCCUUGAGUACUUUAGGAACAAACAAAAGGAAGAUCCAAAUUUCUAUUAUGCAUUCAAAGUUGCUGACGAGGACAUCAACAAGGUGUUGUGCAUAUUCUGGGCGGAUGGCUACUCGAGAAAAAUGUAUGAGCUGUAUGGUGAUUGUUUGAGUUUUGACAUGACAUACAAGACAAACCGAUACAAUAUGCCAUUUGCACCGUUUGUUGGCAUCACUGGACACGGGCUCAACUCCUUGUUUGCUUGUGCUAUAGUACACAAUGAGACGGUGGACACAUUUGAAUGGCUUUUCGACACAUUUCUGGACUUCAUGCGUCGAAAAGCUCCUCUCACGGUCAUUACUGACCAAGAUGUGGCGCUGAAGACCGCGGUUCCUGCUGUUUUCAAGGGUGUUGUUCACAGGUGUUGUCUGUUCCACAUAAUGAAAAAGGUUCGGGAAAGAUGUGUGAGAACCUUUUCAACACAACCAGACUUGUACAUGUGGAAGUACAGGAAGUUGUUUGUCCCAGUCUAUUUCAAGAAAAGCUUCUUCCCUUUCAUCCACUCGACUGCCCGGACUGAAGGGACAAAUGCCAUAUUCAAGGACAACGUAGGCUCAACAUUCAGUGUGAUUACCUUUUUGCGUGAGUAUGAGCGGAUAUUGAAAGCGAUGCAGGAGAAUGAGAAGGAACAAGACUCUAUUACCAGAACAACAAAGCCAACCUACUGGCUGGGCACUGAACUGGAAUUGCAGGCUGCAGAGAAGUACGAGGUGUACAAGACAAGGAUGCUCGCUGAGAAAGAUUUUAGAAUCCGGAGAUAUGUUGUCAUUGUUGAUAUGCACAGAGAGGAUUUUGCUUGCAUUUGUGGAAAGUUUGAAAAAGAUGGCGUUGUGUGCAGCCAUAUACUUAGGGUAUUAACACACCUCAACUUGCCAGUGCUACCUGAGAAGUACUACAUUGACAGAUGGAGACCCAAGCAAAGAAAAGACAUUAGAAAACUCAGGUACGGCGUCCCUGAGGAGCUAACAGCAGGGGACCAUCACCUUAGAUACAUGUUGCUGUCUAGCAGACUGAAUGAAAUGGCUUCGGAUGCUGCGUCAUCCAAUGAAAAAUAUAUGUAUGUGGUUGGUGAAAGUGUGAGGAUUGAGGCAAAGCUAGAUGAGAUGAGUUUGGCAGAGGAGCAGCAAAAAAUGCAAGAUAAGCAUGUUGAUAGAGCUCUAGCCCCUACUAUGGUCACACCGCACCCUGAUGGGUACGGGGAAAGUCUAAAGGAUCCUGAUGUUAUUGUUCCGAAGGGGCGUCCACAAGAGCAUUACAAGACAUUUUUGGAGAAACUACAAGCAAAACAACAAAUUGGUUGCAGCCAUUGUGGUCAGCAUGACCAUGUUUUGGCUCCGUGCACAAACAAACACAUCCCCAGGUCCCAAUUUCACAAGAAGACUACAGUCGGCGAGCAACCAAUAGGUUUGCCUCAAUCCUCGCACUUUAAAAGGACUACUGCUUAA